GUCUGCCUGAUAUUUUGUCUGUUAGUCUGACUUCAGUGAUUAUUUCUGUAUAAACAGCCCCUCACAAAGGCCUUGGCCAUGCCUCCUCUUCCUGUUCCCCUCUUCCUUGUACUGCUACAGUUUGUAGCAAUUGCUUACGCCAGUGGUGGGGCUUACUACGGACACAAACAACGCCCUCAACCAUACCAGCCAAUACAGCACCCCCAACACAUGGGCAUGGGCAAAGAAGGCUUUCCCCAGCAACAGUACCAUGGAAAAGAGGUGCCCUAUAUGCAGUAUCCCCACUACAGGAAGGAGCUUCCCCACAUACCCGUGCUCAAAGGCAAAGGGAGAGGAUAUAAUGGAGGUCAAGACAAAGGUCAGACAAUCCCUAGUGGUGCUGAGGGAAUUCCUCAAGGAGAGCCAGGCCCAGCUGGUCCACCUGGACCUGAGGGACCUCCAGGGCCCCCUGGACCUCCAGGGAUCGGCCAGUUGGGACCUGUGGGACAACCUGGACCUCUUGGUCCACCAGGAGUACCGGGGGUGGGCAAACCAGGUUUGCCAGGACUUCAAGGCAAGCCAGGAGUAAAUGGUGAACCUGGACCAGAAGGGGAAAUGGGACCCAGGGGAGAGGAAGGGCCAGCUGGACAGCCAGGACCUCAGGGUCCCCCAGGACCACCAGGGCUACCAGGAAUAGGUAAACCAGGGGUAAAUGGAUUUCCAGGCCAACCAGGACCCAAAGGAGAGCCAGGUCACAAGGGUCUGCCAGGACUACCAGGAUUACCAGGACCCAAAGGAGACAAAGGGAUGAGCCAGCCAGGACCACGUGGUAAUAUGGGGCUCCCAGGGUUUCCGGGACCAGCAGGUCCAAGAGGAUUACCUGGUUUUGGAAAGCCUGGGCUGAAUGGGGCACCAGGCCCACAAGGACCACCUGGAGAGAAAGGACAUCCUGGAGUGCAAGGACCAGCUGGGCCACCUGGUGAAAAAGGAGAGCAUGGCCCACCAGGAUUACCUGGUCAAGGAAAGCCAGGUCCAAAUGGCCUGCCAGGACAACCUGGCAUACCAGGUGCAAAAGGUCAUCCAGGACCAUCAGGUUUGCCAGGAAAGCCAGGACUGCCUGGAUUUGGUAAACCAGGACUCCCAGGACCAAAGGGUGAUAAAGGUAUGAAUGGGCCAACUGGACAUCCAGGACAAAAAGGAGAUAAGGGCCAUGGAGGACUACCUGGUAUGCUUGGUCCCCCUGGCCCAAAAGGUCAGCCAGGCCCUCCAGGCCCUAUGGGACUCCCAGGAGGUUUGGGUGUACCUGGUUCUAAAGGAGAGCAUGGAGACAGAGGACCUAAGGGGCUUGAUGGAGCCCAGGGUGACCCCGGUCCUACUGGAAUGCCUGGUAAAGAUGGUCUGACUGGAGAACCUGGGGAGCCAGGGCCAAGAGGUCCCCCAGGACCAAGUGGUGCCAAAGGAGACAGUGGGCAUAAAGGUCUACCCGGUAUCCCUGGUCCACCAGGACUUUCCGGGCCAAAAGGACAGGGUGGAUUACCCGGUGAAGUGGGACCACAAGGUCCUAGGGGAAUCCCAGGAAUGGAUGGUGCAGCAGGACCAACUGGGCCUCCUGGUCUUCCUGGGCCAAAAGGAGAUAGUGGUUCACCUGGUCAGCCAGGCUUUGCAGGUGAGGGAAGACCAGGUCUUCCUGGUCCCGUAGGACCUCCAGGAAAAGAGGGUCCAUCAGGAAUCCCUGGACAACCAGGUCAGCCUGGCCUUCCUGGACCACCAGGCCCCCCUGGAGUACCUGGUCUAUCUCCUGACAUGUCUGGGGUACUCUCUGAGAUGGGUCCUGGACUAGAUGGUGUUAAGGCUGGUAGUUAUGGAAAGAAGGGCAAGUAUGGAGGCAAUGUGGGAGAAGUCUUGGGUACCAAUGGGUUGGAAAUGCCAGCAUUUACAGCUGUGGCAACAAUGCCCUUCCCACCUGUGGGCACUCCAGUUAUCUUUGAAAAGCUCUUGUAUAAUGGUCGCCAAAACUACAACCCCCAGACAGGAAUUUUCACCUGCGACCUGCCUGGCAUUUAUUAUUUUGCUUACCACAUCCAUUGCAAAGGAGCUAAUGUGUGGGUGGCUUUGAUGAGGAACAAUGAGCCAGUGAUGUAUACAUAUGAUGAAUACAAAAAGGGUUUCCUAGACCAAGCGUCAGGGAGUGCAGUAUUACCUCUACAAUCUGGGGACACUGUGUAUAUUCAGCUGCCCUCAGAUCAGGCCUCAGGACUUUAUGCUGGGCAGUAUGUGCACUCCUCCUUUUCUGGGUACUUGUUAUAUCCCAUGUAAAAUCAUAAACUGCAGGGAGAGAGAGGAUUCACUGAGAACAAAGU